AUGGGGAAGCUGGCGAGGCUGGUGGAAGGCAUCAAGGAGAAGCUGGGCGGGGCCGGCGGCGGGAAGAAGACGGCGGCGGCAGCGGCGUGCUACGACAAGGUGGACAAGACGGAGAGCAUGAGGGUGGAGAUCAGGAGCCGCCGGGCGCGGCAGCUCAUCGCCAAGAACCUCGCCGCCGCCGAUUCCAUCGCCGGGAGCAGCAGCCCCCGUGGCGGCGGCGGUUGCGGCGGAGGCAAGAAGACGAAGAAGCGGUUCUUGGUCUUCUGA